GUUUUGCGCAAAUUUGCUAAAGAGAAUCAAGCUAUUGAAAAUGGAGAAGAGAAUGCUACAACAAACCAUAUGAUGGUUCCAAAAAUCAUGGAAAGAGAUGCAAUACAUCAAGAAAUUAAUUUCUUUAGAACUGAUUCUGAUAAUAUUCGUAAUACUGUAAUACCUCUUAAUCAAAAAUACCUGAUCCUUCAAUCACAAACUGCUGCACCUAGGCGAACACAACGUCUGUGGAAUGUUUUUGGCCAACUCCAUGUGAAUACAAAAUUCUGGGAUUCACAAGAAGAAGGACGAAUAAACAUUCUCCUUUUCGGAUUAAAAAAAUUAGUAAAAUCAACAAGUUCACAACGUAAAUCCAUGGUGUCACAGAAUUCCGAAGACGUUCAACCAUUAAUCGACCAAUCUAGUUCGCAAUAUAAUCACGAUAUUUCUGUAAGGGAGCUUACUCCUCAGCACGGUAAAAUUCCAACACCAACUGGUCCAACUGAAUUCAACAUGGCUUUCGUUUCUUUUUUGUUCGCAGGUUCUGGUGCUUUACUUUUCGCUGGUACUGUCUGGUAUAUAACUUCUAAUGUACCUUAUGAAUUCUUCAUUUGGCACCCAACUUUAAUGGCUUUAACCCUUUUAACGACAACUUUCGGAAUCCUUAUUCUUCAAACCACUGGAAAGCCAGAAGAAAGAGCCGUUGGGCUCAAUUGGCAUAAAUUGUUUCAAUCAAUUGCUUUUUUGGCUGUCAUUGCUGGAUUUACAAUUAUUAGUAUACAUAAAAAUAAUAAUAAAUAUGAUCAUUACACUUCCGCUCAUGGGAAAGCUGGAUUAUUUACGUUUUCAUAUAUUAUGUGCCAAACUAUUUUUGGAUCAAUCUUGGUUAAUUUUCCUGGUGUUGUUGGUGGUCAAGCAAAGGCCGUGAGAAUGUAUAAAUAUCAUAGAUUUUCGGGCUACUUUUUACUGGCUUUAAUUUAUCUUACCGCUCUUGGAGGUACUCAAGCUGGUUGGACCAGAGGUAAAUUUAAUCAUAUCUGGGUUUGGUUAUUAGCUACUGUUUUAGUUAUAGUCGGAGUUGCCGGUAGAACAAAGAGUAGUAAAUUGAAAAUUUGGUGA